UCUCAUCUCUGUCUCAUUCCUUUUCAUGAGCAUCUUCAUCAUCAAUAUAGACUAAACGGACCUUGAUCCAUCCAAAAAUUCCCUAAAGUGACACGUGUAUACGUUACAGUGUCGGCCAAAGCUCAACGAACUCUCUUAUCGUACGAAGGGUAUAUGAAUAUCAUCAUAUUGCAAUCAUCGUAAACCGGAUUCGGAUAUGCUUCUUGGAUCCUAACUCUCUUGAAAUAGGGUUUCCUCUCAAAUCCUUUUCACAAGUUCAGUUUUUUUUUUGGCAUUCUCACCGCUCGGCACUAAUUAAGGUCGAGCAAUGGAGGUGAAGGAGGUUGAUAGAGUGAUAAUAGCAAAACCGGUGGCCUCGAGGCCUUCUUCAAGUUCUAGCUUCAGGAAUUUCACUGAGCUUCUCACUGAUUCAGUUACCGUAUCUCCUCAAUCUAAUUGCAAUGACAUUGUAGACGCUGCUAUAAGACCAAAGACUUUGAGGUUCAACCAGCCAGUUGCAGCUUCGGUCUCAUAUCCACGGGUUGAAAGAAACAAUAAGGGAAAUGGAAAGUCUUGUGAUGAUUCAGAUAGCAAAAGCUAUGUCGUUUAUAAACCCAAAGCAAAGCUUGUCUCCAAAGCAACCGUCUCUGCAUUGGCUAAUAUGGGGAACAUGCAGCAGACUUGGAGACAACCCGAAGCAGUAGCCUAUGGGAAAAGUGUGAGCCAAGGUACAUAUCGAGCGGGUCCUAAUCUAGUCCAGAAAGUUCCAUCCUUUACGGAACCAGAGACAUCUGUUGGGGACAGAUCUUCAGUGGAUGGAUACAACUGGAGGAAAUACGGACAGAAGCAAGUUAAAGGGAGUGAGUGUCCAAGGAGUUAUUACAAAUGCACACAUCCCAAAUGUCCGGUGAAGAAGAAAGUAGAGAGAUCAGUGGAAGGUCAGGUUUCAGAGAUUGUGUAUCAAGGUGAGCAUAAUCACUCAAAGCCGUCUUGUCCUCUUCCACGGCGCGCUUCAUCAACAACCUCUUCAGGGUUUCAGAAACCACCAAAAGCGGUUGCUUCUGAAGGAUCAAUGGGACAAGACCCUACCAAUAGUCUCUAUUCUUCUCUUUGGAGCAAUCAAAGCAAUGAAUCUUCUAAAAGCAGAACAGAUAAGAUGAAUGAGGGUUGUGUUAUUACACCAUUCGAGUUUGCGGUUCCAAAAUCGACAAAUUCGAAUGCCGGAACUUCGGAUUCUGGUUGCAGAAGUAGCCAAUGUGAUGAAGGCAGCAACGGAGGAGAGCUUGAUGAUCCAAACAGAAACAAAAGAAGGAAGAACGAGAAGCAAACGAGUGAAGCAGGAGUAUCGCAAGGCUCGGUGGAAUCAGACAGUCUUGAAGAUGGAUUCAGGUGGAGGAAGUACGGACAAAAAGUGGUGGGAGGCAAUGCGUAUCCAAGAAGUUAUUACAGAUGCACGAGUGCUAAUUGCAGAGCAAGGAAACAUGUUGAGAGAGCGAGUGAUGAUCCAAGAGCUUUCAUUACAACCUACGAGGGUAAACAUAAUCAUCAUUUGCUCUUGAACCCUCCAACUUCCUCCUCUACUCUUCCUUUUAACUCUCCACAGCUUUCUAAGUAACACAUUUUGAUGCAUUCAUGCUUUCUCUUUUUUUCUAUUUCUUUUUUGUCGAGAAAUAGAAAAAAAGAGAAAGCAAAUUGGUAUACACAAUCACCAUUUGCUCUUUUACCCAUUUAGCUUCCCACAACUUUCUAAGCAAUCCAUUUAAUCCCAUUCAUGUUUUUUCUUCGAUCUUUAUACCACAGUAGUUAAUUAAUCGUGUGAAUCUAUUUUUAUUUACAUAAAGAUUGUAAGGAUAAGAAGACUGAUGUUAUUUUAACAAAACCAAAUAAAAAAAAAAAGAGUUACAUUUUA